AUGAGGGCAAAGGGGGGCUUUUAUAAAGGUGUAGCGGGAUCUCAGGUGACUCUGUCCAGUUUGGUGAACCAGAGCAGGGCCAUGCUGGAGGAACAGGCCAGACAUCUGCUGACCGAACCGGAGAGGCAGACCAUGGGUUACUACAUCCAGGAGUAUAGGGAAGGGCACGUCGGUGUUGAGCAGCUCGUCAUGGCCCUCUUUGAGCUCUUCAAUACACACGCCAAGUUUUCUCUGCUGUCCGAGGUCAGGGGAAUUGUGACCCCUCAGGAUGUGGAGAAAUUUGACGGUCUGGUCCUGAGACGAGAGAUUGAUGCCCUGAAGGCGAGGCAGGGUGGAGGAGCAGGGUUCCAGGACUCCUUCUCCAUGGUCUCAUAUCCGGACACUUUGGCCUCCUCCUCCGCCAGCUUCAUGACCAACACCACCCUCAGCUCCGCAAGGAACGACGGUGUGGCGGAGAAUAACGGGGAACAGGGGUCUCUGGAGCACAGCAAUGCCCUGCCAGACAUCUCUCUGGAUGAGGUUCAUUCCACCUCAGAUUCUCCUCCUUCCUUUAAACCUCCUCCUCCCCCAGGGCUCCAGCGGCGUCCCAGUCGAAAAGCCACACUUAGCAAACGUCCCUCUUCCAGCUCUUCCCAAUCGGGCCUGUACUUCACCGCUCCUUCUCGUUCCCACACCAGAGAGUCCAAACACCCUAAAGCACCCAAAGCUUUCAUGUCUCCUCCUGGCACCCUCAAAGUAGACGUCCCAGCAUCUCAGCUCUCAGUCGUGAGUCAGCAUCUAAUCGGACCUUUUCCAAGAGUCCAGUCUCCUAAUAAAGCGAAGCCUGUUCAGUCCUCAUCUCUAAUUCCUCCACCUGCACCGAAUGUACCCGCUCCGCCCGGUCCGCCUCCUCCUCCGCCUCCACCUCUGCCUCCACCCUCUUGCCCGGAUAAACCCACCCCUUCCUCCCCAGCGUCCAAUCAGCAUUUUGUGAUGGUGGAGGUGCACAGGCCCAACGCAGAGCCCGAUGUGAACGAGGUCCGGCCGCUGCCACAGGCUCGAGGAGGGACGUUAUCACAGCUCUCAGACAGUGGCCAGACACUAAGCGAGGACAGUGGUGUGGACAUUGCUGAAUCAGGACGUCUCAGUAAGGAUAGCAGCCCACGCCCCGGCCGCACCAGAGCCCCUCGGGAUGGGCACGGAGGAGGAGAAACGUCUGCCAAACCGCCGGGUCUGUUGGAGCCGAUGUCCACUUUAGUGAGAGUGGCCAAAAGCGCCAGUACUCUGGGCAUCGCGAUAGAAGGCGGGGCAAACACACGUCAGCCCCUCCCACGCAUCGUUACCAUUCAGAGAGGCGGUUCGGCUCACAACUGCGGACAGCUAAAGGUGGGUCAGGUAAUUCUAGAGGUGAAUGGAGUGUCCCUCAGAGAAAAGGAGCAUCGGGAAGCGGCACGUCUCAUCGCCGAGGCCUUUAAAACCAAAGAGAAGGACUACAUUGACUUCUUGAUCACAGAGUUCAAUGUGGCUCUAUAGGACCCCAUAAUAAAAAAGCACUGGGAUGGAUCCGCAACACGUCUUGCCAUGAUUAACCCCUCAGAAUCCCGAUACAUGGCGCUCUUCAUCUCAUCCUCCACUGUGAUGUUUUGAAACCAGUCGGUGUUUGAAAGGCCAUCCCUUGUGGAUCAACCCCAUCUUGACCUUUUAGACGGCAAAUGCCAGGAUAGAGUCUGUUCUGGAAGAUUGGGCCAUCUUUUCAGUUGGCUUAUUCUUUAUGAGGUCCUAUAAUGAAAUUUUGUCACCUGACCGCAAGAGACUCUUCAUCAAGCUUGGAUCUGUGUAUAGUUUUUGAUACACAAUACUGCUAUCCUGGUGUGAGAGUUUGCGUGAACGUCAUGGAAAUCAUCAUUGUUUUUCUUUUUUAUUCAUAGCUAUUUUAUAAGAAAUGGAUAAAAUGUGUUUAAAAUAUAUAUAUAUAUAUAUUAAAAAGUUAAGAGGUGGCUACAACCACUGAUUUUAGU